AUGAUGACGUCCCAUCUUCCGCCGGAAUUGGUUGAGGAAAUGCUUUCUAGGGUUCCGGCCAAAACAUUGAGUCGAUUCCGAUCUACUUGCAAACGGUGGAACGCUUUAUUCAAAGGAUUCAGCAAGAAGCACCUUGAUAGAGCAUCAAAGCAGCUUUUGGUUCUCAUGUUGAACGAGUAUAAGGUUUCUUCACUGACUUUCAAUCUCCAUGGAAUUGACAACAAAAAAAAAGCUGCUCCAUCUAUAGAGUCUAAGAGUGAAUUUAGCCUAAAGGAAUCUCAUUCUUCUUCAGGAGGACAAGUUGUUAUAGUGUUUCACUGCGACGGUUUGUUGUUAUGCACAACCAAUAAUGGUAGACUGGUUAAACCAGAGAAACUUGAACGUCUGCGUCUUCCGUAUCAGGAUAUUUGUUUUUAUACUUCAGCUCUAUCAAUUGCUAAAGAGCAACUCCUGGUGUUAUAUCAGUGUUAUGAUACACUAAACAUGGAGAUAUGGGUGACGACCAAUAUUGAUAAGAUUGAUCAGAACAUAGUUUUGUCGUGGAGAACAUUUUUAGCAAUAGAUAGAUCCAAAUUGUCUACCAGUCAUCAGUUUUCGAGUUGGGUAAGUUUCUUCAUCCUCGAGAGAAAAAAAGUGGUUGUGUGUUGUGAUAGUUGA